AUGCCGCUUGGACCUUUUGUUCUGCCCUUUAGGGGCGAUCAAUAUAGUUUCGCUAUUAACUUCAACUCGAGCCCAGAGGAGAAGCUUAACUUCGACUUGGCAUGCGUGGCCUUCGACGUCAAGGGAAACGUACAUGAUACGCUCCAUGUCCGGAAGCCCACGGCCCUUGAUGGCGCUCUGGUAAAGGGCUUUGAGAAGCAAGCGUUGCCGGAGGAAACGGUCCCGGUGGAGGGUGACGAUGUCAUCUACAUGUUUCCAAAGAUGUUUGAGCGCCAGGUGGAAGUGCUUGUGUUCGUGGCCAGCGCGCCGGAGAUUCCCGGCAAGAAGCACGACCUCAGCAGCAGCAGCAAACUGGAAUUCGCGGUCUCCUACACAGACGUGUCGGGUCAGGCCUUCAACCAGUCUUUCGACAUCAAGUCCCUGACCCUCCCGGCUGGGGCCCCCGAGGGGCAGGUGUCCUCCAUCAUUGUGGCGGUCAUGUACCUGCAGGCCGAGGGUGGCUGGACUCUGCGAGAUGUGGGUACGUGCCUGCCGUACGACUCCCCGGGCUUGGUCAUCCCGGAAAUGAAGCGCGCCAUUCUGGACUUGCGUGACAAGUUCGGCGUAGCUCUGGAUGCGGCGGAUAACAUGGUGCUUGAUGAAAAUGAGCGGGUCCCCAUCACGCGGCAGUGGCAGGACCAGGCGCUGACGGACGCCUCCGCGGGCCGACAGGACCCCACCGCUGCCGUACCCGUCACCAAGCUCCGACUGGACCUCAGCUGGACGUUCUGGCCGCCCCCCCCGCCGGCGGAGGAGGGGGAGGACCCGCCGGAGGAGCCCGUGCCCGAGUUCAACCUCAUCAUGUACAACAAGGACGGGGAGGAGGUUCAGAGCAUCAGCUCGUCCUCGCGGGAGGCCACGGGCGCCCGGGCGGGGCGGCCUGAGCCCGAGGAGGAGGAGGAAGAGGAGGAGAAGCAGGAGACGGAAAAAGAGAUUCGGUCCAUGGUGCUGUUGGUGACCAAUUACGACGAGGAGCAGGGCUUCUCCCGCAUCCGUACUGUACGGGUGAGGGUGGUGGACGUCACGCGGGGGGAGGCGCCCGUACCCGGCAGCAAGGCCGCCGCCGCCGCCGCCGCCGCAGUGGCUGCAGGGGAGGCCCCCGCCCCCAACCCGGAGAUGCUGUUGGCGGACUUCAGUGUGCUGUCCAAGUACGAGGCGGAUAAGGGGGUGACGCAGGUGGCGCUCAUGAAGCUCUACAAGGAGUACGGCGACUCCGCCUACAACGUGUUCAAGGAGGCCAAGGUGGACAACGCGGGGGCCUUCGUCUCCCAGGACCCCGAGGCCGUCCUCACACAGCUCAAGAGCUACCUGGAGACAGCCAAGGCGCAGAAGGCGAAGGAGGCCGCUGCGUUGGCGGCAGCGGAGGAAGAGGGCGAGGAGGUGACGACGGAUCUUCGGCCGCACACGUGGCGUUUCCGUACACUGGGCCUGACGUACGGCGGUGAUAGUUUGGAGGCUGUGGAACAUGACAUCAAGAAUUUGAUUGCCUUUGAUGGCACGCUGGCCCCCGGCGAGGCCCGGACAUGCGCCACGAGUCGGGCCGCCUUCGCCAACGGCGACACCUACUUUGGCUCGUACCAAGAUGACGUCAAACACGGCCCGGGGGUCUACACCUUCGCCUCGGGCGCCGCGUACGCCGGGGAGUACCAGGGCGGCAAGCGCCACGGCCGCGGCGUCAUGGUCUUCCCCGACGGGGGCGCCUAUGUGGGGGAGUUCGCGGCCGAUAAAUUUGAGGGGCAGGGCCAGUACCGCUACCCCGACGGCUCCGUCUACACCGGGGCCUGGGAGGCCGGGAAGAAGCACGGCCCCGGUGUGUAUUGGGACACGGCACGUGGGUGCCUGCACGGCGUGUGGAAGAAAGGGCUGUUGGUGGGGGAGGCAACGUACGACCAACCGGCGCUGCGCUUUCGGGGCGAGUUCGUCCGUGGUGUGCCGGCGGGCGGCGCGACGUAUACGUUGACAGGUCAUCGUACACUGGACAUGCCGUGUUUUGCGGCGGCAGAUAUUCAGAGCAUGCAGGGCCCUACAUUGGCGCUGAACUGCGCGUACGGCAUUCCACCAGGCAGUGGGGACGAGCCGCAGCUGGAUGAGGACGGUCAGCCGAUCGAGGACCCGGACAAGCCCCCCCUGCCCUCCCACCCCAAGUACGAGGGCCUCACCUACACGGCCGAGGAGCUGCCGCAGCUGGUGGGCGACACGGUGUUCCCGCCGGAGGAGGGCAAGCCAGUGCCCCUGCCCGCUGUUCCCGCGUUCAGCGUGGCCACCGGGCUCGUGACCUGA